AGUCGGUUUACCACCCGUAUUCUUGUCUCGGAGUUUGAGCGUAAGAUUGACACAAAAAAAACCUACUUGGUGACAAAAUUGAUUCUAGGAAAAUAGUUCGGGGGUAUGUUUUGAGGUUUGCUCACUAAUAAACGAAACCGAACAGGUCGAAGACUUGAAGUUGGGAAGAGUUGUGUUGUGGAGGAAGGAAGAAAAGGAAGGAGAAGGCCAAAUCCAAAAAGAAAUGCUAGCACCCAAACAAGUAGCAAAAUCUUCAAGGGUUUUCCUCUCUUCCCUUUUUCUCUUCAACUUAAAGAACAACUACCCUCUUAUCUCCACCACAUCCCCAUCCCUGUACUGUUGCUUUUACUAUGAUUACUCAACAGCUGUAGCUGCUGCUGCAGCAGCAGCAAGAGGAGGAGGCACUCGUGAUAGAGUCACAAGUGCAAAGGACAUAGCCACAUCCUUCAAAGAAUGGUUCAAGAAAGGAAACAACGAGUUGUUGAAUCGAAUUUUUAUCACAAUUCAGAAACAUGGUGAAGACAAAGAAGCUCUUGGGCUUGCUCUUUCGCAAUUGCGUCUUCCUUUGAAUGAGUCAUUUGUGUUGGAUGUGCUUGCUUAUGGUAAAAAUAGAAACGAGAUUUAUUCUUGUGUUAAAUUCUUUGAUUGGGCUGGUCAUAAAGGCGGUUUCUUUCAUACUCGUGUUACUUUUCAUGCUUUUUUUAAGAUCUUGACAGAAUCGAAAGGGAUGAGUGUGAUGCUUGAUUUCUUAGAGGUUUGUAAGGGGACAGGAGAUGUUUAUGUUCAUCAUAAUAUGAGAUUCCAGACCGUUUUGGUUAUGGGUUAUGCUGUUGCGGGCAAGCCUGAUGUUGCACUCCAAAUGCUUGGUAGAAUGCGCUUUCAAGGUCUUGAUUUGGAUACUUUCUCUUAUCAUGUGCUUCUCAAUUCUUUGAUUGAAGGGUUUUUUUUUGAAGGUUUUGAGGCUAUCUUUAAGCAGAUUUCGUUGAGGGGUUUUGAGGGUGUGGUGACCCGGGUUUUGAAGAUGAAGUAUUUAUGUAAGCAGAAAUUGUUGGAUGAGGCGGAGGCGUAUUUUCGUGGGCUGGUCAAUGAGGGUAAGGUUGACAAGUGUAGAAGAGGUGAAAUAUUUGGAUAUGCACAUGCUUUGAGUGUUCUUGUUGAUGGGUUUUGUCAAAAUGGUUUGUUUGUCAAGGCCGGGGAGUUGAUUGAGGAAAUUAGCAAGUUGGAGUUGGUGCCAAUGGAGUCUGCUUAUGGGAUUUGGUUGAAGAACCUUGUCCAUGCUGGAGAGAUCGAUGCAGCUUUCAAGUUCAUGAAGAGCAAGAAGUCCUUAGAAGGGUAUGUUCCAGACAUUUUUUGGUGUAAUUCAUUGCUUUUCAGGCUUUUGAAGGAUAACCGUCUUGAGGAUGCUUGUGAUUUGCUGAUUGAGAUGAAGGAGAAUCAGAUAUCUGCUAACACCGUCACCAUGAACGCUGCAUUGUGUUUCUUUUGCAAAGUUGGAAUGGUAGAGGUUGCACAUAAGUUGUACAAGUCGAAGUUGGAGUUUGGAUUCUCGCCUAAUACCAUGGCGUAUAAUUAUCUUAUCAAUUCUCUAUGUGGAGAAGGGUCCUCUGGUGAAGCUUAUUCUCUACUGAAGAAUUCUAUUAAACAAGGUUAUUUCCCUGGUACAAGAGCAUUUUCUAUACUUGCUGAUGCUUUGUGUAGACAAGGGAAGCUUGACAUGGUGAUGGAAUUGGUUCUUCUUGCUCUAUCAAAGAAUUUUAGGCUCAGUGAUUCCACAUACGAAAGAGUCAUAUCAGCAUUGUGCAGGGCUGGGAGGUUUGAAGAUGGUUAUGUGAUGCAUGGGGAAUUUAACAGAAGGAAUAGAGUUGCUACAGUAGCUACUUACAGGCAGUUGAUUCAUGGUUUUAGCAAGUCCAAUAGGGGACAUGUUGCUUCUAGGCUUCUUAUUGAAAUGCAGGAUAAGGGUCACCAGCCAACUCGGAAAAUGUUCAGAGCUGUCUUUCGCUGUCUAUGUGAUAUGGAAAAUCCAGAAAUGCAUUUCUUUAAAUUGCUGGAGAUGCAAUUGUACCGUCACAAAUUCAACACUAAGGUUUAUAACUUCUUCAUUGAUGAAGCUGGGCGUAGCAAGAAACCUGAACUAGCCAGAGAAGUAUUUGAGACGAUGCAGAGAAAUGGAAUCGAGCCCAACAUUGGCUCACAUGUUUUUAUCUUGAAGGCUUUUCUGAGGAAUGGAAGAAUUUCUGAUGCUCUAAAUUUCCUUAAAGCAACGCAUGAUAGCAAGAUGGAUGAAAAGCUGUACCGUGCCAUGGUUGUUGGGCUCUGUGAAGUCAAAAGAACCGAGCUUGCUCUGGAUUUUCUGAAGGCAAUGCGGAGUAAGGAAUUGGUUCCAAGCAUGGAAUGCUACGAGGCUGUUGUAAGGUUGCUUUGUUCUACCAAAAACUAUGAUAUGGUGGUAAAAAUUAUUAAUGACUUGAAGAAAUGCCAGCGUAAGCUUACAUCCCUUAUUGGUAAUGUACUUCUGUUGCAUUCCCUGAAGAGUAAUGAGCUAUAUGAGUCUUGGGUUCGAUCAAGAGAUGUGCAGAAUGAUACAUCUUCUGAUCUUUCAAACCUUGGACUCCUAAUUAGUGCAUUUUCUGGUCAUCUUGAAGUGAGCCUCGAAUACUUGGAAGGACUGAUUGAACAGUGCUUCCCCCCAGACAUCUACACUUGCAACAUGUUGUUGAGGAUGCUAUGCAUGAGGGAUUUGGACCGUGCUCAGAAGUACUUCAAUAGACUACGUGACAAAGGAUUUGAACCUAAUCGAUGGACUUUUGACAUCAUGGCACAUGGCCAUUUUAAGCAUGGAAGACAAGUUCAGGGUAGGCUGUGGGUGGAUGAGAUGUCGAGGAAGGGGUUUGAUCCAACUUAAAGUACCCUACAACUCUUUCCCCGGGAAAUGUGUAUCCUAAGCUUUCAAAGGCAGCAUUUGAUUGAGCAAAUGUCUCUCCUAGUCAAAAAGCUUUUUUUUUUUUUUUUCUCAGAUACCUGAACUGGUAUGGUCCUCAGUUAACGCAGCAGAGUUGAGUCCUUUACAAAGCAACAAACAGUGACAAUUUGGCAGAGGUCCAAAAUGGACUUCUUCUGUUCUUCUUCUGCAACAAGAUGCCUUGCUGAUAAUAUAAUACCAAGGAAUGGCUGCGAAGACUGCAUGAUUGAAUGAUUAAACAGGUGACGUUUAAUUUUAUAAGUGAAAUGGAAGGUUAAUUGGGUGCCAUUUAAUCAACAGCACAAGCAUAGAUAGGAAUAUUGAAAAUCAAAAUAUAUUUAUAUGAUAAUAUAUCAAUAAAAUAUGGGGUUAAUUGAAUUAAUUCUUUUGAUUUCUUCAUCAUGUAUUUUUUUAAAUGGGCUAAAAAAAUAAGACGAAAAUGCUUCACUUUGUAUUGAAGCUAGAAUUUAGUGACUGUGUUAAAACUUUGGCUUGUAAACACAAAAGUACUGAAUGCAUUGAGAUUAGGUUCAUAAUUAUUAGAAGAGGUUUUUUCCCGGAGGAAUAGCAAAUUCCUUUUCUUUUUCUUUUUUCUUUUUUAUCUUUCAAAGGAGUAUCCAUGAAUUGUUGUAAUGUAAUGGAUCUUACCCUUAUCAGAUUUCCCUGUUCUGGCAUUAAUUUCAGUCUAAAAUCUUCUCUCA